AGAGACUUCACAAUAAGAGCGGCUCGCGCCAGAGGAAGCGUUCGACUUCCGGUUAUUUUGUUUAGGAGGAGGAGGAGGAGGAGGAGGAGCUGAAUAAACUGGGAACCAGUCGGAGCCAUAAAUCCUCCCAGUUUAGAGCUGCCAGCUGCUGGGAGGCUUUUUCUGGUUCAGCACCAACAAAACGUCAACAGAAUAAAAUCACUUUUAUUUUGAAGUGGUUACUCUUGGGACCAGAAACCAGCAAAAGAAGCUGUCAGCUGACUCCCAGCAGAGACCUCCACGCUUCAGUCGAAGAUCCUCUUUUAUUCAUAUAAAGGAAGAAGCUGUCGUCGGGCCGGAGGAACCAGCUCAAGAGCCUGCUCCUGCAGAUUGGCCAGGCGAUGGUGGAGGAGGAAGCGUGGGAGGCGGAGCAGCAGAAGAAGGAGCACAUGGAGGAGCACUGCCCCGGGUUCUCCUUCCCAGGAUGCAUCCAGGACCUCCAGGAGUUGUGCCGUAAACUUCACAAGCAGAUCGACUUGGUGGACGAGGAGCGAUACGACAUGGAGGUCAAGGUCUCUAAGUCCAACAAGGAGUCAAACACGAGUGAGCCCCCAGCGUCUCAGAGCCUGUCUCCGUGUCAGGUGGAGGACCUGAAGAUCAAGGUCCAGGACCUGAAGGGCAAGUUCAAGAAGCCGGUCCUGAAGAAGGUCCGCAUGUCGGCCGACGCCAUGCUGGCCGCGCUGCUGGGCUCCAAGCACAAGGUGUCCAUGGACCUGAGGGGCAACCUGAGGCAGGUCCGGAAGGAGGUGAAGGAGGAGGAGAAGGCGACCGGCGACUGGAGGAAGAGCGUCGAAGACAAGUCCGGGAUGGGCGGCCGCAAGAAGAUGUUCGAGACCGAGGCGUGAGCGGCAGCUCCUUGUUCACCAGGGUCGUCCAUAUGUGUGUGUGGUGUGUGUGUGUGUGGUGUGUGUGAUUUGAUGUGCUACAGUGAUCAAAUAAAUAAAUGGUGUGGUGCUUUUCG